AUGCAUUUCAUACAUAUAAUAACGACACUCGUGUGUCUACUUUGCUCACUAGCAUACUCGAAAACAUUGCCAACACCAUAUGGAGAGUUGUACCAUCUAAAAGACGAAAUUGACCACUUUGUAGAAACUCACUUUGACGACCAUGAAGUUGGAUUAUACUACGACAUGCUUGAAUUAUUCAGUGAAGAUGGAGAAGUUUUUAGUUUUGAAAAGAGAGAAGAAAAUGACGAUGAUGGUCAAUAUUAUGAUGUUAUCGUUUCAGUUUUAAACAGUCUUAACUCUUCGGGGAUCAUUUGGACGUUAUUAGACGCUGUGGCUGAUCAUCCAGAUAGAGUAAACUAUAUUGCCAACUUGACCUCGAGCUUAUUGAAGGGGAGAAAUAUCACCAUUAAUGUCGCUGAUAUAAUCCUUAGUGGAAGCAACCCCAUAAUUCAACAAAAUGUUAAUUUAUCUGCCAUUUCAGCUGCAAUUCAAGAGAGCGGCUUGGUUACUUCGCUUAUGGAUGGGAUUUUGUUGGAUGAAAAUUUUAGACCAAAGUUGGUAGAUUUGAUUUACAAUGUUGUAUUAUCACAAAAGAAUGUACUAUUGUAUAUUUUUGCCGGUGUUUUACAAAAGAGGGAUUCAAUGCUAUAUGAUGAUUUGAUAACUGAAAUACUCAAAAGAGCUGAUGAUGCUGCUUCUAAUGACGAGUUUGCUGGAACUAUGCAAUCGUUUUUGACCAAUGGUUUGGCUACUAUAUUGGGAUCUCAAGCAUUUGGACAGUUUACGGGAAGUUUGUUAAAUGCAUUGAAUGAUACUGGAUUUGCCGUAUAUUUUAUCAAGCGGUUUAUUUCAACUGAUUCUUAUAUGAAUAUGACGAGCAAAUUGAUAUCUGCAGUGACAAGUUCUGGCGCAAUUCACAUUUCAUUCUCAGGCUUGAAUAUAUCGGAAUUGGUUACAUCCGCAAUUGAAGACCCGACUAUUAUCACUAAGCUUAUCGGAUCUUUAUUAGGUGGUGAUCCGAAUUCGUUAAUUGGAUUCUUUGGUAAAUAUUCAGGAGCCAUUCAACAAAUUUUGCGAGAUUUAGAAAAAAAGGGACUAUUUGCUGAGUUGAAUAGCUAUAUCUUUGGCGAUGAAAGCGCAACUACAUCUAUCACCCUAGCACCUGGUGCCACUUCAAAUGCCAAUAGAGUUAUCGCAUCUACAACACUAGCGCAAAGUACUAGAUCAUCUUCAACUUCGGCUAAAAGUACCGGAACAACUUCAAAAGACCAGCAAAAUGAUGCGUCAAGUUUGCUUUCAAGUAUGACAAUAUUGAGAAGUAUAUUCUACACUCAAAUCGUCGUGGUUAUAGCGUUUUUUAUUUGA